AUGACAGAAGAAACAUCUGAAUCAGAAAACAAAGAUUGGACGUUUAUAACGCCUGCUCUUAUCAAAAAUGCAUAUUUAGAACAACAUUGUACCAAAGAAGAAAUUCGUCUGAUAGAUUUGAAACCAUAUUUCAACUGGAGCAUGAUCACCGAUUUGGAUUUGAGUUUUUUGAAACUUACUCAUAUUGAAAACUUAAGUUUAAUCACUAACGUAACACGUUUGAAAAUGAUUCAAAAUAAUAUUAAGCGCAUAGAAAACCUAGAAAAGCUCGUAAAAAUAGAAAAUCUUGACUUGGGGUUUAAUGAAAUUACUAAAAUUGAAAAUCUUGAAUGUUUAACAGAGUUGAAGAACUUAAAUUUGCAAGGAAAUAAAAUUUCAAAGUUGGAAAACUUAAAUGGAAAUUCAAAACUAUCGUCGAUUAAUGUAGUCUAUAAUGAGAUAAGCGAUAUUAACGAAAUAUUUUAUUUGAAGCAUUUAAAAAAUUUACGAAGUUUGGAAGUGGCAAACAAUCUAUUUGGAACCAAUUACAGGCCGAUAAUUAUAGAUCAAUUUCCGGAUUUAAUGUUCAUUGAUUUUGAAAAAAUAACGAACGUGGAACAGUCAACAGAUAAAUCAUUGAAAAAUGUUCAGGGUUCACAACAUUUAAGAAAUGUGAAAUAUUUCAGCUCCAAGCUCCACCGUGAUUCUUUUUUGGACGAAACGGAUGGUGAAUAUUUCGUUAAGUUUUUGUAUCAAGGAGAUGAUGACGGUCAAAUAUUGAGUAAAUGGGACUUAGCGGUGCGGACGGCUUUUGAAAAAUAUCAAGAUGAAAUGACCAUAAAUGCUAUAGAUUUGUGUGAUGCAUGUUUGAAAAAUCUUGCAAUCAGAGACAAAGUGAUUUCAACGUUCAAGUCGACUCACUACAAAUUUACCACGAAAUGGGUUCAAAAAUGUCGCAAUAGUGUUGAAGAAUUUGUAGAAAUUAAAAUGAGACUGAAUGAGGAAUUUAUCGAUAGUGAUUCGUAUCCAGAUGACGUAAUUAAAAAAGUUGAGGACGAACUAGAAAACGAAAUUAAAAUAUUUUUGGAAUCAUUAACUCCAAUAUUUGUUAGUAUGCGUGAAGUUGAAGAUAAUUAUUCAAAAGUAUUGUCUAGAAACGUGAAAUCAGCAAUGGGAAAUCCGAACAGAGUUAUACCAGAUAUGUACAUACAGCACUUUAAAGACAAAAUUACAUUAAUGCAAGCGGCAAAUAAAAUUGCAGAUUAUCAUUUGGAUUUAAUUUACAAACGAGAGGCAAAAAUUAUUAACGAUUCAAAAACAUGGUUGAAAAUCAUUGUAGAAGAUUUGAAAAAUUCCGAAAGAGAUAGAUACUGGAUAGUAUUCGAAGAAGUGAAAACACUUCGUGCAAACGAAUUACAAAGUUUUAAUAUGAUAUAUGAUAUAUGA